AUGAAUGAAAACCUUAGAAUUAGAUACCAUAAUAAAUUGAAAGUUUAUAAAAACAUUUUAAAAUUAAAAAAAGAAAAAUUUCAGUUUGAAAAACUCGUAGAUCUUGAAAACGCUGCCCAAAAUGAUCCUAAUUCGUUUUGGAAAAUACUCAAAAAUAUAGAGGAUGAAACCCCAAAUAGUUCGGGUUCAAAUGUUAUAUCUGAAGAGCAAUGGUUAUCAUACUUUCAAACAUUGCACUCCAGACAUGAAUUAAAUGAAUUACAAAAUAAUAUCACUACAUCCCUUAGUGUUGAAGAACAAAAUAGGCAUCACUUUACAAAUCUAGACUACUUAAUAACGGACAUGGAAAUAAAAAAUGCUGCCAAAAAACUUAAGAAAAAUCAGACUUUUUCAUUGGAAAUAAACUCAUCGAAAAAACUCAAGAAUACACCUACCUUGGACUCAAACUUUCAUCUAACGGAUCAUUUACUCAAGCAAUUAAAACAUUAG